AUGAAGUACCUUUUAUAUGUUCCUGGCCUUGUCCUUGGCGCAAAUGCAGUCUCGUAUCAUGGCCAUCACCCGCAUUCACAUCUUGACACCAGGGCUCCCAAGCUAUUUGCCCACCCUGGACUUUUACACACUGCCCAAGACUUUGAACGUAUCAAGGAAAAGGUUGACUCCAGCGAACCACCAUGGUCGACUGGAUGGGACAAGCUAAAGGCACGGGUUAACCAAGACUACCAGCCUAACCCCUCGGACAUCCUCGUCAGAGGCUCAACCCCCGAGCGUCCACAGAACUACGUCAACAUGUACCGAGAUAUGGCUGCGGCAUAUGCUCUCGCCAUUCACUGGAAGGUCACUGGAGAGGAAGCAUCCGCGGAGGCUGCUGCUCGCGUCCUCGAUGGCUGGAGUGCCGUUCUUACAGAUAUCUGGGGCAACUCAGACAAAUUCUUAGCCGCGGGUUUCUACGGAUAUCAAUUUGCCAAUAUUGCAGAGAUCCUUCGCGACUACAGCAACUGGAAGGGCCUUGACGCAACAAUUGACAUGCUACUACGGGUAUUCUACAGCAAGAACCAUUCCUUCCUCACAGCUCAUAAUGGCGCACACAUUGACAAUUAUUGGGCGAAUUGGGACCUUGCCAAUAUCGCAAGCAUGAUGAGCAUCGGUGCAUUGGCAGAUAACAGAACCAUCUGGGAUGAAGCUGUUGACUACUUCAAGAGCGGUGAUGGUAAUGGCGCAAUCGAAAAGGCAAUCUGGUAUCUUCACACGGAACAAGGCACGGGUAAGAAGCUUGGACAGAACCAGGAAGCUGGCAGGGACCAGGGACACGCCACGCUUGACUUUGCCAUGCUUGGUGUCAUUGCCCAGCAGGGCUAUAACCAGGGAGACGACUUGUUCGCAUACUUGGACGAUAGGAUUCUGACAGGCAUGGAGUACGUUUGCAAGUACAAUGUUGGCCAAGAUGUUUCUUUUGAAACAUACAGCAACGCGGUACAUGGUACGCAAACGGCAAUCAGCAAUCACAGCCGCGGCACGAUUCGACCUAUGGCGGAACUAUUCGUUGCUCAUUAUGGCUCUAUUAAAGCUCGAGAUGUUAAGUGGACCAAGGUUUAUCGGGAUCUCGUUUUGCAGGAGAGUGGUGGAGCUGAGGGAGGUGGUGGUGAUUAUGGGACUACGAGCGGUGGUUAUGACCAGCUGGGCUUUGGAACGCUUCUAUAUCGCCUUGAGAAGGAGUGA